AUGGUGGCUCAGUCUCCAAAAGGAUAUCUUCUUUCUCUGACAAAGUAUAUUUCUGAUCUGUUUCAGCGGGCACGACUAUCUGAUAACAGAACUAUAGAUACUCCUGUUGAAACCAAUGCACGAUAUUCUCCCACUGAUGGUGUUCCUUUAUCUGAUCAGAGCUUGUAUCCUACUAUUGUAGGCAACUUGGUUUACCUUCCAGUUACUCGACCUGAUAUUGCUCAUGCUGUUCACGUGGUUAGUCAGUUUGUUACUACUCUUACUUCUGUUCACUUGGGAGCUGUACUUCGUAUCUUGAGAUAUCUUCGUGGUACUCGAUUUCAUAGUCUUUUGUUUCCCUCGACAUCAUCUCUAGAGUUGCGUGCCUACAAUGAUGCUGAUUGGGAUAGUGACCCUAAUGAUCGAAAGUCCACUACUGGUUUCUGUGUUUUCCUUGGUGAUUCUUCAAUCUCAUAG